AUGAGCUAUGAUGAUGAAAGGAAGGCUGGAGACAUAGAGAAGGCCUCUCUAGCAGAUAUCCAGCCCGAGGCCAAUGGGGCGGCCUCCCCAACUGAGCUCCCUCCCUCGCCAGCUAAGCCCCAGCCAGAGGCAGCCUCCGAUGCACAGCUUGCUCCUGAAGACGACAAGACCUGUGAAAGAGAAAGUAAAACUAAGGUACACAGGACCAGUGUUAUACACAACACUUUCUCAGAGACGCAGACGCACACACCUGGAGCAGCGGCGUACAGGUACAGCUCUACAGCCAGAGCAGAAGAAACGAACUACAGCAACAACACGUUUGAGGUCACAGAAGCCAGUGUCAUGAGUUGGGUACGUAAAGCAGUGAAAGGUUUGACAAGUCCAUCUCAGAGUCCGGCCCCAGGCCCAAAUCCUGAAUUUGAUAAACCAUGGCGGGAAGUGACAUGGAGUGUGGAAGAAAAGAGCCAGAUUUUGAGAAAACUGAAGGAUUUACAGCCAGGUACUGCACAAGUCCGUGAGCUGAAGAUUCUGCUCCACGGCCCAGUCGGAGCAGGAAAGUCGAGUUUUAUUAACUCCGUCAACACUGUCCUCCAAGGAUACAACACCACCGGUGCACUGGCAGCGUCAUCAGCUGGUAAAAGCUUCACUGUAGAGUUUAAAUAUCACAGGCUGAAGAAAGAUAAGCCUGGAUCUUUCUAUCCAUUUGUCUUUACUGACAUCAUGGGUCUGGAACCAGAGGAUUAUAAUGGAGUGCAGACUGAAGAUAUAGUCAAAAUAUUACAGGGUCAUGUGAAAGGUGGCUACACUUUCAAUCCUUUUAAACCAAUCGAUAAAGACGACCGGAGCUACAUCAGUAACCCCGGCCUGAAAGAUAAAGUGCACUGUCUGGUGAGUGUUCUACCAGCUGACAAAAUCUCCCUCAUCAGUGAUGACGUUAUCAAGAAAAUGAAAACUGUUCGGGAAAAAGCUCGUGAAUUAGGGAUUCCUCAGGUCGUCAUCAUGUCACAAGUUGACAGCGUGUGCCGUCUAGUUCAGGAGGACCUGAGUAAGAUCUACACCAGCAGAAAAAUUAAAGAGAAGAUGAAGGAGUGCAGUGAUAGACUGGGAGUCCCGAUGAACUGCAUCUUUCCUGUGCAGAACUACCACGAGCAGGUUACCAACGACUUGAACAUGGAUAUUCUGAUUCUCAUGGCAAUGUCUGAUAUCAUUAGAUUCGCCAAUGACUAUGUUGAAGACCAGGUUUACAAUGCUAAUGAGUAUGCUAAAAACCAGCUUUACAAUGAAUAAUUUCCCCCAUGUGAUUGGUUCAGUCUCCAACAGAGAAGCAACAUGGAGCUUGAUAGUUUCAGGAAUUCACAAUACACUGAAACAGCAUGUUUAAUCUUUUGACUUUAUUAGAUGUGAUGGACAUGGAGUAUAUUUAUCUGUGCAUGUGAUAGGUGUUUUAUUGCCACUCAUCUCUUCUGUUAUUAUCGUUACUACUUUUUGUCUUAUUGGUUUAAUAAAGAUCACUUUAGGAUCAGUGAUAAGUCACUGUUACCUGGAGUGAGCUUUACUAUAAUCAUUAUGGGCUUUUGUAGAACCCUAUGUGUGUGCAUACAGGCUAACUUUAGACCUAAUUAUGGGAGGAUUUUUGACAGAGCUUCGGGGCUCACAUUACACUUCACCUUCAGCACUGGUCUUAGUGCACUUUUCAAAACUCAACAGAAAUACGAACUGAAAUACCAUCAGUAGUUCACAAUUUUCACCCAGUGACCAUAUAUAUGUGGGGUGGAUUGUAAGAAAAGUGAAAUAAAACAUGUCCGAUGCCCUCUAGUGGCUGGCUGCGAAACAAUAUUUUAACCCCACCGAUUAUUGUGUUAGUCAACAGGACACGUAGCAAAUUUUAAGUUACAUUUUAAGUUCCACAAAUUAUUUUCAGGAAUAGUGAUCUAUCAUUUUUACAGGCUCAGCUGACCAUGAGAUCUCCCCCACAUUUUUUCCGGUUUCAUCUGAGUCAUUUGGCGAUAAAUAAAAGGGGCGGGGUCGAUGAGACAGUGUUGGACAGUCGAGCCUCAUGAACAUCCAACACACUUUCCAACAUGGACCUGAAGCUCAAGCCAUGUCCUGUUCCUCUGUAAACUGUUCUAACAGAGCCUCAGUGAGGAGGUCUUUGCACUUUUUCCUUGUAUGUUGCUCAUUUUGAUGUCUUAGCUGUAGCUUGUUGUACUGAUAUUAUAACUAGCAAAUCAUGACCUUAGCAGAAACUCAGGGUAGCUUGGUAUUCAUUUUUAAAUUAAUUCCAGUGUCAGAAGGACCAGAAGAGUCAGAAGAGUGCGAUUCAGAUGGGUAUCUUACUGCAGGUGUCAGAGUUGAUGAAAAUCUUGAAAAGCAGUGAUUUUUUCUUUCUCAAAAAUAGUUUGUGUCGAGAGUAAAUGGUGACGGUUUAUAUUUAUGAUCGGUAUGUUACAUUAGUUACUUACAUGACUUUGAAUAAAAUGAUGGAUAAUGUCUGCUAGAUAAAGUCUAGACUGUAAACCUAGUCCAGUGUUGUGUUAACAGUUUUGUGUUCGGUAAAGCUGCGGAUCUGGAGGGUUCGUGGGUGUUUUUGGUAAACUGGGAUGUUUGGAUGCUGCCGUGACCCCCAUAUACUGUAAAUGUAAACAAUUUUAUUUCAGUAUAAAAAAUGAUACUGUAUAAUUACUACACUUGUUCUGAUCAGUAUGCUAAGAAAAAUAAAUGCAACAACAAAUACA